AUGUCCAGCUCAGCCCCCACCUCUAACCCCCUUCCCACCCAAUGCGGGCACACCCAGUACCUACUCCAGCACCUCGAGGAUCCCGCAAACCCCAACGCGAGGUGGGUGUCGUGGUGGCAACCCAGCAGCCAGGGUCCCAAGAGCGUCCGAGUGACGGCGAACGAGAUGCCCAUCCAAGUCUACAGCUUCGAGGUCCCUGACAGCACUGGUCAAUCCCCUUCGACCUUCGAGCUCGUUGCCGGUGAUACACUCCUUGCUUCCGCAGAGCUCAAUGCGGGUCACUUGAGCGUUCCAGUCACUCGCUGCGCCAAUGCGGAGCGAGGGCUCGAGACCGAGACGCGAGGCACUCCCAUCGGCUGCAUGCGCGUCAACAGGGGGCGCCGGAGCAGGGGUGAGCCCGUGAGCGUGACCUUCCAGAGCAUGAAUCCUUACGGGAUCCCGGCCGACAAGUACAACCUCUCGAAGACGGGCUGGACUACGUUUGCCGUCGUGGGCGAAGAGCCAGUGCAAGGGAUCAGUGGCGGCCGCGUGAGCUACGUCUCCAUCAACCCAGACGCGGGUUGUACGACGAGGUGCACGCCGGGCUUUCUCACGCGAGGUUCGGGUGAUAUCAUGGAGCAUACCGUCUGA